UGAAGAUAUCAGAGCGAGACAAGAGCAGCCCACUUUCUCUGUGUAGUAACAGUCCCCUGGCAACGGUGAAGAGCUGCAAUUACAUUAAAAAUCCUACGAUCCCUCUUCGUCUCCCUGUUUCACUUUCCCCUCCAUGCAUAGCACCUGGAAGAGUGAGGGGCUGCAUACACCUCGGGAGAACGCCUCAGCUUGAACGCACCCUGCGCUGCCAGCAUGGGAUCAGGCUCUUCAUCCUACGCCCCCAAAACCAUCUACCUGGACGUGGACGGCAAAGUACAGAAGGUGUUGUUCAGUCGUCACUGCAGUCCAUGUGACAUUAAAGAGCUUUUGUGCUCCUCUUCAAACAUCUCUAGGACUACAGCUAUAAUGCUGGUGGACCCUGAGGGAGCUCUGGUAUCUAUUGACCCCACCAUGCCCACCAACUCGCCCAAUUCCCUUUAUAAAGUCGUUCCCCUCUCAACCGGUCAGCUGGGAGAGAAAGAAGACAUGUUUCAGAACGUGUUAUCGCAGGUGGCAGAGCAGUUCAGCAGGGCUUUCAAGAUCAAUGAACUGAAAACUGAAGUGACCAAUAGGCUGGCUAUGUUGGAGAAGCGAGUGGAGCUGGAGGGCCUGAAGGUUGUGGAGAUUGAAAAGUGCAAGAACGACCUGAAGAAGCUGAGAGAUGAGAUGACUUCCAGAGGGGGAGGAAGAGUAAAUUGCCCGUGUAAGUACAACUUCUCGGACGAUGGAAAGAAAUUAACUCCUCGGCGUGAUGUGCCCAGCUAUCCAAAGUACACGCUCUCUCAGGAGACCAUCGAAGCUCUGAAGAAGCCAACCUUUGAUGUCUGGCACUGGGAGCAUAACGAAAUGCUCAGUUGCUUGGAAUACAUGUACCAUGAUUUAGGCUUGGUAAAGGAGUUCAACAUGAACCCCAUUACUCUUAAACGCUGGCUGCUUGCUAUUCAAGAAAAUUACCGUAGCAACCCUUUCCAUAACUUCCGUCAUUGCUUCUGUGUGAGCCAGAUGAUGUAUGGCAUGAUUCACCUCUGCAACCUUCAGGAAAAGCUCACCCUGACAGAUUUGGGCAUUUUAAUGACUGCUGCAGUAUGUCACGACUUGGACCAUCCUGGCUACAAUAACACGUAUCAGAUAAAUGCACGCACCGAACUAGCCGUACGUUACAAUGACAUCUCUCCUCUGGAGAACCACCAUUGCGCCGUGGCCUUUCAGAUCCUGGCUUUGCCCGAGUGUAACAUCUUUGCCAACGUGGACUCUGAAGCUUUUAAACAGAUCCGUCAGGCAAUCAUCACACUGAUUUUAGCUACUGAUAUGGCCAGGCAUGGAGAGAUCCUGGACUCUUUCAAGCACAAAGUGGACAAUUUCGACUUCACCAAUGAGGAACAUGUAACCUGUCUGAAGAUGGUCCUCAUCAAAUGCUGUGACAUUUCCAAUGAAGUCAGGCCCACAGAAGUCGCCGAGCCGUGGGUGGACUGUCUGCUGGAGGAGUACUUCAUGCAGAGUGACAGAGAGAAGUCUGAGGGUUUACCCGUCGCUCCGUUUAUGGACAGAGACAAAGUGACCAAGCCCACAGCUCAGAUUGGCUUCAUUAAGUUUGUCCUCAUCCCCAUGUUUGAAACAGUCAUGAAGCUCUUCCCACAGAUCGAGGAGAUCAUGGUCCAACCUUUAAGAGACUCCCGAGAUCAUUACGAGGAGCUGAAGCAGAUCGAUGACGCCAUGACUGAGGCACAGAAGAAAAAAACAGAAAAUAUGUCAUUAGGAGGAAAGAAGAAAUAAGCAUUGGGGCGAGCUUAGUGACACUGUGGAUCUCAUUUUCUGGCCCGCUUCCACAGAGCGCCGGUCUAACGCUUUGAUAAGAUGCUCCAUUCAUCGGUCUUCCCUGAAGCUGAAGUGGUGUUCAAGAUGGGUUCUCCCUGUGCUGAAUCCAAAGAGACAUCUGACCUACUCAGGCCUGCGGAACCGGGACAAGGGUUCUCUCAACAUAGCUGCAAACAGAUAGACCGGUAGCCUGUUGGUCUGCUAGGUUUUUUUCCUCUUCUUCCAUUUUUAGUAUUAGUAUUAGUAAGCUUUUUAGUAUUGCAGUGUUACACUGGGACAUCUGUUAGAGGUUACGAAUAGCGUUUCUCAUAUUGUAUGAUGUCGUUGCAGAUUAAUGUUACAAACGAGGCCAGACUGAAGGCACAAACAUGAUGUACACAUAAUGAAAAGUGCUUCUUAAUAGCUGCAAAAUUGAGAACAAUAUAAUGUUUCAUGUACUGAAACCAUGGAGCAGUGUAAUAACACCUAACAAGAUGUCUGGAUUUCUUCCGUAUUUUGACUUAGUUUGAACAGUGAUUGCAGAAUAGAAUCCAUAACGGUGUUAAGUAUAAAUGAUCAGUGAGCGUGAGAAUAAAAAAAAAUCAACAAAAAGGCAUUGAGUGAUGCACUCGUUAUGAUUAUAUGGGUUUGAAAUGUGAGAUUUACGUUUAGAUUGUAUUGCACAUAUUUUGUGUCCAAAAUAGUAAUCUGUAUUCAACACAUACAUAUUUUUUUCUUACUGAUGUCAUAUUGAUUGUUUUUUUUAAAAAUGACUCCUACCUGAUAGCACAAUAAAAUCUCCAAAAUGAGUCCUUCCUUCA